AUGGCAAUGACGCAACGCGAACCGGUCUCCAUUAAAAAGUGGGUCGAACGUCGAGGACACAGCCGAUUAGAUCGGAAAAAGGCACAAAUGUGGGCCAAAGGAGCCGCCCGGCAAAAAGUCAGCACGGUCCCACUUUGCCGGACAGAGCCGGACGUACCGAUGCGGCGGAAAAAACGCCGCCGGCCAGCGGCUAAUGACGGGCGCGGGUUCGUGUCGCAAUUCGGCGCGAAUACAUUACUAAAACAUAUUUUGUUUUGUCAGCUCGCGUAUUCCGGUUUAGAUUUCCACCGAAAAGGCGUGCCCAUGGCGUCGCGCAAUCUCCCCGCGUCGUUCUUCAACGCGGCUGCGUCUGCGCCGUCUUGCGCCGGACUCGACCUCUACGACUACGACCCUUGGCAUCAGCAUUACGCUGGCUACGGCCAUGCAGCGCAUCGACACGCAGCUGAAUACCACGCAGCAGCGGCACAUCACAACAUGGCAGCGGCUGGAUACAGCGGGCUGCUGCUCGGCAGAGGCUCGCUGCACGCGCAGUACAAGCCCGUGGAGUGGGGUCAUGCGCACCAUGCGCACGCGCAUGCGCAGCACCUCGACCCGUCCGCUUGCUCGCCCUAUUCCUAUCCACCGCCCGGUAUGUAG